AUGAUUCGGCAUUUACUAUCAAAAAAUGUCUAUUUUCCUUCGAAAUCAACAACAUAUCUAUUAUCAUUAUUUAAACAACGAAUAAUUUCCGCUUCAUAUUAUCAUAGUGAUUCUAUUGAUGGAAAUAAUAUUCCUGAAGAAACAUCAUUUGAAGAACAACGUCUUUCUUCACAAGAAGCAACAGGAAUAUUACGAACACAUGAAGCUAGUAUUGAUCUUGAAGCUAAUUGUCCAGUAAAAUAUUAUGAAGUUAAUUAUCUCGGCGCUAAUAAUCCACCGGAGGAUCGACAAGCUCAAGCACGUAUUCAUUCACCAGAUUCUUCAAAUAUGUAUUUAUUUGGAGUCUUCGAUGGACAUGGUGGUACAUGGUGUUCUGAUGUUGUUCGCCAACGUCUAUUUGAAUAUAUUGCAGUGACAUUACAUCCACCAAAUGAUUUACAACGAAUAAUGCAAGAAGCUAAACGAAUAACAAGUACUCAUCAAACUCAUAGUCAUAGUCAUGACAAAACAGCAUUAAAUACUAUAACUUCACUUCUUCUUCAUUCAUAUUAUAAUCCAUAUAAAGAUACACGAAAUUCCAAAAUAAAAGAAAUUCAUCAAAUAAAUUUAUUAAAACAUAUUGAGGAUGCUUAUACAACAAUUGAUCAUGACAAUACUGAUAUAAUCAGUGCAUUAGAAAGUGCAUUUAUUAAAUUGGAUCGAGAUAUAUGUGCAGAAGCAAUACCUGUUGAUACACAACAAGUUGAUGAAGAUAUAAUGCAAAUAUGUACAGCUGGUUCAUGUGCAUGUGUUGCUUUAGUUAAAGAUGAUGAUCUUUAUAUUGCUAAUUGUGGUGAUGCACGAGCUAUUCUUGGUACUAUUGAUGAUGAAGGUAAUCAAACAGUUGUUCAUCUUUCUCAUGAUCAUAAUGUACGUAAUCAAUCGGAAGUUAAACGAGUUUUAUCUGAACAUCCAGCAAAUGAAUCUCAUUCAGUUAUACGUAGUGAUCGUUUACUUGGUUUAUUAAUGCCAUUUCGUGCAUUUGGUGAUAUACGUUUUAAAUGGUCCGCUAAUUAUCUUCGUGAAUAUUUACAACCAUAUUAUAAAAAAGGUGAUGCUAUACCACAAUUCUAUUUAACACCACCCUAUUUAACAGUAAAACCCGAAAUAACAAAACAUAAAUUAACAAGAAAAGAUAAAUUUCUUGUCUUAGCUACUGAUGGUGUUUGGGAUUUAUUAUCACCUGAAAAAGUUGUUGAACUUAUAUUUAAUCAUCAAAAAGGUAUACAAAGUUUUGAUCGAUUUGUAUUACAUAAAAGUGGUCAUACAACAUCACUUAAAUUAAAAGAAAUUAAUGAAUUAUUACUUUCAAGACAUCAAGCUAUUAAAAAUCAACCUAUUGAUCAAAAUUCAGCAACACAUUUAAUACGUCAAGCACUUGCUUAUACAUCAAAAGGACAAUUUGAUAGUAAACUUUUAUCUGAUGUAUUAACAUUUCCUAAUCCACGAUCAAUACGUGAUGAUAUAACAAUAACAGUUGUUUAUUUCGAUCAAGAUUAUAUCGAUCAAAUACAAACAAAAGGAAAGAAAUAA